AUAGUUCAGUUGAGUGGAUUCCGUCUGCUUCUGCCUCCGUUGGUGGGUAAACUUUAAGCACUUUCCCGCAUGCAGUGCAGUGUGGUUGCCCAGAAACGACCAAACUUCUUGAACCUCGGCGAGUUCAGGGGAAGAACACAGGGCGGCACAGGGUGAGUUGGAUGCGAGGCGUGUGCCCUUCGGAUGGCGUCGAACGAUAAGUAUACAACCACAAUGCUAUAUGAUCCAGUACGGAAGAAAGAAUCCUCGCCAGCAUUCCAGACUGAACGUGAUCAGUGCUUAACAUAUUUUGCCAAAUGGAAUGAAGACGAUCAAGUGGAGUUCGUGGAGCAGCUGAUAUCAAAAAUGUGCCACUAUCAACAUGGACACAUAAAUGAAUAUCUUCGACCAAUGCUACAACGGGAUUUUAUCACAUUGUUGCCAAAAAAAGGACUCGAUCAUAUAGCAGAAAAUAUACUUUCCUAUUUGGACGCGGAAUCGCUCAAAGCUGCAGAACUAGUUUCGAAAGAAUGGCUACGCGUCAUCUCGGAAGGAAUGCUGUGGAAGAAGCUAAUCGAACGAAAAGUUCGAACAGAUACGCUUUGGCGUGGAUUGGCUGAACGUCGCGGGUGGACACAAUACUUAUUUAAACCUAGGCCAGGAACAACGCACAGACCACAUUCGUUUUAUCGUUCGUUGUUCCCGAAAAUAAUGAAUGAUAUUGAAAGCAUAGAAAAUAAUUGGCGAAACGGACGACAUAUGCUGCGUCGCAUUAAUUGUAGAUCGGAAAAUUCAAAAGGUGUUUACUGUUUGCAAUAUGACGACACAAAAAUAGUGUCGGGUCUUAGAGAUAACACGAUAAAGAUUUGGAAUCGUAUGGACUUACAAUGUGUAAAGACAUUAACCGGCCACACUGGAUCCGUACUAUGUUUGCAAUAUGACGACAAAGUGAUAAUAAGCGGAUCAAGUGAUGCAACUGUUCGCGUUUGGGAUGUGAAUAGUGGUGAAUUGGUGAACACAUUAAUUCAUCAUUGUGAGGCAGUGUUGCAUCUUCGUUUCAACAAUGGAAUGAUGGUGACAUGCUCGAAGGAUCGGUCGAUAGCCGUUUGGGAUAUGACCUCGCCGACGGAGAUAACAUUACGUAGAGUGUUGGUUGGACAUCGGGCCGCCGUGAAUGUUGUUGAUUUCGACGAGAAAUAUAUUGUUUCGGCGAGUGGCGAUCGAACUAUUAAAGUGUGGAGCACAUCAAGUUGUGAAUUCGUGAGGACAUUGAAUGGACAUAAACGUGGCAUAGCUUGUUUACAAUAUCGCGAUCGCUUGGUCGUGAGCGGUAGUUCUGAUAAUUCAAUAAGACUAUGGGAUAUUGAAUGCGGGGCCUGCCUACGAGUCCUUGAGGGACAUGAGGAGCUAGUACGUUGCAUUCGAUUUGAUUCAAAACGUAUUGUAAGUGGUGCAUAUGAUGGCAAGAUCAAAGUAUGGGAUUUGGUUGCUGCCUUGGAUCCUAGAGCUCAAUCGAAUACCCUUUGCCUUAAAACACUAGUGGAGCAUACCGGUCGUGUAUUCCGUCUACAAUUCGAUGAAUUUCAAAUUGUUAGCAGUUCUCAUGACGACACCAUUCUUAUUUGGGACUUUUUAAAUUUCACACCGAAUGAACCUACACAUAGAAGUCCAUCACCCUCGCGGAUGGAGCACUAACAAUAAGAUGUUUGCGUGCGUUAGUUGUUAAAAGAUCUCCUGUAUGGGUGAUAUGUAGUAAGUAUAUAUCGUGAGCGUCCGAAGAGAAAAAGCUGAUGUAGAGUCGCGGCUAAUGAGUUAUUGCCUUUAAGUUCUAGUAAUUGUUAAGAGGAAUUCAAAUUGGAUCUUGUUGAUUUCUUCCUCGAAUCUCUGCUCCCUGUUUGAAUUGUAACUUUCUAUGUUCAUCCAAUCCAUUAUCAACGUCCUUUACACACAGUCAUCCAUUGUUGUCAUUCGCAAUACGACAUCUCCUGUCUUUCCAAUAUUCUUCCGUUUUUAACUAUGAUUUGAUUAGAUUUGUAUUUAACGGACAUCGUUCGUUGAGUAUCGAAAAGAACGCAAAAAACAUAUUUAUAACAGCAAAUUGUAAAAUUUUUGAAAAGAAAUCAAUUUAAAUUAUUACUGCAGAAGCAAAUAGAUUAAAUAAAAAGAACUUAAACAUCUAAAUUAGUUUAUUAAAAUAUUAACCAUAAAUUUAACAAAUUAUAGAAGAGAGCCGAAAACAAAAUGCAAAUGGAGCGUAACAUAAAAACAGAAAAAUUAGGAUAUAUAUAUAUAUUUGAAAAGAAAAAGAGAGAAAGCCCUUGGAAACAAAAAUCAGAAAAAAACUUGAAAAUAAUUAGCUUAGUUAUUUAUAUAGAAAAUUCAACAAAUAAAGAUUUUUAAAUGAGAUCGCAAAUUGUAGCCCUUCCUUUAUUUUUAAAUAUGCCGAAACUCACGUUGUUUUACCUGUCUCGGAGGUAGACUUAUCAUAAAUUAUUGAGCUGUCGAAAAGAGAAAAAUCCUAGAUGAAAACAAGCCACGACUAGGCGUUUAUAGUAUUGUAGACAAGAAAACAAACCAAGCAAAAUUAAUUAGCGAAAAUUAUCUGAACUGCACCCUUUUGACUACAAUCAAAAGAUGGAUUACCUUCUUCUAAUUUUGGCGUUAUAAUUUUACGUUUAGGGAACGUAAGAUUGAAGAA